AUGGCAUUGCCGCCUAAAAUCCUAAUUGUUGGAGGUGGAGUCUUCGGAUUAUCCACGGCCCUAUCCCUCCGAAAGCGCCAUCCAACCUCACAUAUAACCCUGAUAGAGUCCUCUCUAACGAUCCCAAACCCCCAUGGCUCAUCAGUCGACACUUCCCGGAUCGUGCGAGCCGACUACGCAAACGCCGCAUACACAAAACUAGCCGCAGCAGCGAUCAAAAAAUGGCGGCACACACCCUGGGGCGCUGAGGGGCGCUAUACGCAAAACGGCCUGUUACUAGUCUACCCAGCCUCCAGCGCCAGCGCAAAGGGGUAUGCGCGCAAGAGCUACGACAAUGUGCGCAAGGUAGAGGAGGAUAGGGACCAGGUCGUCUUCUUGCACACACAGGAAGACGUGCAGAGUGUCGUGCCGCCUUAUGAUAAUGUCGAUGUUGCGGGCGGGUAUGUGAAUUGGGGGUCUGGGUGGGCAGAUGCUGGCGGUAGUGUGCUGUUUGCGAAGAAGAUGCUUGAUAGAGAAGGGGGCGUUAAGUUCCUGACGGGCGAUGUGUCGCGUGUGAUGUAUGGCGAUUGCGACGUUGGGUCGAAACGCCGUGCUACAGGUGUUGAAUUGGCCGAUGGGUCGUCCGUCACAGCUGACCUGGUGAUUCUUGCCACGGGGGCUUGGACGCCUGCAUUGGUUGAUUUACGUGGUAAGGCCGUGGCGACUGGACAGGCUAUUGCAUAUAUCCAGAUCUCAGAUGCCGAGCAGGCCGAGUUGGAGAAUUUACCGACUAUUCUCAACUUCGCAACGGGCAUCUUUAUCAUUCCGCCUCGGGAUAACUUGCUCAAAAUCGCCCGUCAUGCCUUUGGUUAUCGCAAUCCUGUUACCAUACCUGUGCCUGUACCCGGGCCUGCUGCGGCUGGGAAGGUCAUGCAGGUUAGUUUGCCGGAGACAGGCAUGCCGAUCCCGCUUGAAGGCGAAGAGGCGUUGCGAGUGGCGCUGAAGCAGCUGCUGCCGAGGUUUGUGGAUCGGCCGUUUGCGCAAACGAGGAUUUGCUGGUACACUGACACUCCUAAUGGCGAUUUCAUUAUCUCGUAUCAUCCGGAGUAUGAAGGUUUGUUCGUCGCUACGGGUGGAAGUGGACAUGGAUUCAAAUUCUUCCCUGUUAUUGGGGAUAAGAUUGUUGACGCACUUGAGGGUUCGCUGGAGCCUGAGCUGCAGAAGCUGUGGGAGUGGACGGAAGUGUCGUCAACGGAUUCGGAGGAUAUAUUUGAUGGAGAUGGAAGUCGCUCCGGGGCACGGAACUCGAUCUUGAAAGACGAGUUGGCCAAGACGAGAAAGGCAGCCAGAGGAAGCGCCCUGUAA